AUGGAUUUGAGAAACUUAUCAUCAACUCCUAGUUUAGAAAUCCAACGUAGACCUUCGCUAAGCUCAUUAUCAUCAACUUCUGGAUAUAAUUCCUCAAGUUAUAAUGGUGGUAAUGUGAAUGGUAAUGGUAACGGUAAUGGAAAUGUUAAUGGAAAUAAUAAUAAUAAUCGUAGACCUUGGGGUGAUACCAUUAAUGAUGUUACUCCAUGGGUUGAACAACAAAAACAACAACAAAAUAAAGUUGGUAUUGAACUUGAUAAAAAAGAUUUAAAUUCCAAAAAUUCUAAUCUGACUUCAACUAUUACCAAUAUGAAUGAUUUAAUUGAUGAUGAUGAUAUUGAUGAUGAUGAUGAAGAUUUAAUUCCAACUGCUAUAGUUAUUAAGAAUAUUCCUUUUGCCAUUAAAAAGGAACAAUUAUUAGAUGUAAUGACCAAAUUAAAUUUACCUUUACCUUAUGCUUUCAAUUAUCAUUUUGAUAAUGGGGUUUUCAGAGGUUUAGCAUUUGCAAAUUUUACAUCUACUGAUGAAACUUCUUCAGUUGUUAAUUUAUUAAAUGGAAGAGAAAUCGGAGGUAGAAAAUUAAGAGUCGAAUACAAAAAAAUGUUACCAGCUCAAGAAAGAGAAAGAAUCGAAAGAGAAAAGAGAGAGAAAAGAGGACAAUUAGAAGAACAACAUAGAAGUGCUUCCAAUGCUUCAUUAGCUUCAUUAAUUUCCGGUACUUCAACUACCGCUGCUACUAAGAAUUUAAGCGUCAACGGUAAUGCUAAUUCUUCAUCUCAAGAGAGAAUGUUUAUUAAUUAUCCAAGUGGGAAUUUAUCAACUAUUCCCAGUGAUAUUAAUCUUAAUGAUUUAGAAACUUUGGAAUUAUUCAGUCAAUUGAUCGUUUUUAAAGACGAAAAUUCAAAAGUUACUGAAUUGGCUUAUUCACCAAAUUUAACCAUUAGUCAAAGGAAAAUUUUAACAAAUUUAUGUAAUUAUUUGAAUUUAUUAGAAUUAUAUGAUAAUGGAUUAAUUGUUAUUAGAAGAAAACCAGGUCAAGUAUUCCAACUUUUGAAUUCAACAUCAACUGGAGGUAAUUUAGAAAAUUCUAAUUCAAUGAUGAAUUUAAAUCAAAUUAACACCCAACCUUCUGGUAAUUUGAAUCAUCCAGAAUUAUUAAGAUCUCAAUCACAAUCUGCUUUACCUUUACCAAGAUUGAGACAACAAUCUACUGGACCAGUUAAUAACUUCCCUCAAUAUCAAGCUAACCAAUCUCAACCAAGUAAUGGGAAAUUGUAUUCAAAUAUGCAACCAUUUGGGUUAUUCCCCCAAAAUUCUGGUGGAUUAUUACCUCAAUUGAAUUCUAACGUUUUAAGAGGUAGACAAUAUGAUAUGAGAACUCCUCCUUUGAACUUACCUAAUUCAACCCCUUCAAGUCAACCAAAUACCACUGGUCAAAACAAUAGUGGAGGUGAAACUGAAUCUUCUACUCCAACAAAUGCUAAUGCGACUUUAAGUUCAGCUAAUUCUCCAACUCCUGCUAAUUCAAUUUUUAAAGGUCCAACUCCAAGUCAACCUUCAACUCCUUUACCUUCAGAUAUAAAUUCUAGAUUUGCUCCUUUUUCAAAUCAAAAUAAUGUUAGUUUACCAAGUUUAAAUAAUGAAUUUGAUGUGAAAUUUAAUUCAUUAAAUUUAUAUGAAAAUUCUUCAGGUAUUUGGGGUCCAAAAUAA